AUGGCGUCGCCGCCGGCCGGCUCACCGCCAAGCUCCACGCCUCUCGCCCUUCCCCGCCAACGUCCAGGUGCUCCCGGUGGACUCUCACUUGCACUGCCCAAGAGUCGAAAACCCUCUCUCGCACCCUCCACGGGCUCGGCGCAUCCCCUGCGGCAGACCUCCUUCCCGCCGCCCGACAGUCUGGAAGCCCAGCAUCAGGCGGCAGAAGACCACGCGCUGCGCGAAUUCUCUCCGGGUGACGGCGAAGACCUAGACGACAUUAGCGAUACCGAGAUCACCAGCGCCGUGAGCGGCCCAACCGGAGAUGCGGCUUUCGUGGGCCAGAAGCGCAAACGUGGCGGCGAGAAGAAAGGUCGGGGGAGACAUACGAAGAGCCAGAGCGUGCGCAUGGGAAGCGCGAGCGUUGUGAACGGGGAUGAUGGAAGAUCGACCACCGCAGGGAAGAGGGGAGGGACUGCAGGCGCGGCUUCAUUAGUAAAUGGCGAGGCGGAAGAUGAUGAGGAUGACGAGGAUGAGGGCGAUGUCGGCGUUAAUGCCGCUGAUGGAGCUUUCAAUGCCCAAACAUUGGAGCAGGAUAACCAGCGACGAUACCUGUUCCGUGAGGCCGUGAACCAGGACCAUCAGGACAGAUAUGAUGCCUACAAUCGGGUCAAACUAAAGAACUCCGAUGUGAAGAGGCUGGUCAACCAGACACUAUCGCAGAGUGUGCCGCCGAACGUUAUUGCCGUCGUGCAGGCGUACACCAAGAUGUUUGCUGGGAUGCUGAUUGAGGGUGCGCGGGAGGUGCAGACUGAGUGGAUGGCUGCGUACCCAAAGCGGCCAGACGAUGGAGACUGCAGGGCCUAUAAGAGGCUGAAACUCAUGCAAGAGGAAGCGGAGGAGGAGGAGGAAGAAGAAGAAGACAAAGUGGAGGAGAUUGAAGAAGGCGAGAAGGAUAAGCAAGCCCCAAAAGAGAAUGGUGAGAAGAUACCCAACGGCCAGCCGUCGUCGCCCGAAGACGUCAAGCCCGUCAAUCUCGAUGCUAUCGCGGAGAGCGAUCCCAGCAGACCUUCGAGUAGCUCGAAGACCCAAGACACUUCACAGACGCAGCCGGACAGCCAGACAAAUGGACAGCCGAACGGCACAUCGCAAAGCCAAACCAACGGCGAGAAGAAAACGGAAGUCGACGAGGAUGUGCUCGAAGACCUUGACUAUGCUCAGCCUGGGGCAUGGGGCUUAUCAAAGUACGUGGAUGAGUGCGACCGAGGACCUCUGCUACCCGAUCACCUGCGAGAGUCGUUACGGCGUUACAAGAAAUCACGUGGCGGUGGUACGGUUGGCUUUACUGCUAUCAGUCUGGAGAGGCCCGAGGUCGCAGCUCCCAGGAUGGGAGGGAAGCGGUUGUUCAGAUAA